AUGAGUACUCCUCCAACGCGCUGGUUCAAAGCAUUGCGGAGGUAAGUUGCCUACAUUAAAACUAGUCAGACACAUCCCAAAUCUCUGUCUAAAUUCACUUGAAUCACUUUGGCAGUAACACGCAGUAAUGUUUUUUAUUGAUUUACUUUUGUUGCUCAAACUUAAGGUAUAUUGUUAAACUUUGUUCAUCUUUGAUAUAUUACUUAUCUUUCAAAAAGUUGAUGUGACAGCUUCGAACAACUUCAUUUCUUAAUUAUUCAAAUAAUAAUAAUAAUAUGCCAUUUAGCAGACGCUUUUAUCCAAAGCGAUUUACAGUCAUGCGUGCAUACAUUUUUGUGUAUGGGUGGUCCCGGGGAUCGAACCCACUACCCUGGCGUUACAAGCGCCGUGCUCUACCAGCUGAGCUACAGAGGACCACCAUAUCUUUGAUUGAUUCUCAUAUCUUUGAUUGCCUGAUUGUUUGCCUGGAAACCCGACGUCUAGGUGGGCAGAAAUGAGUGUUUCAAUCAGGAAAUGUUCCUCUCACCACCUCUACAAGCCAGAAUGUUAUUUUAAGGUACUUUACCGGUUGUCGGUGCCGUAGCUAUGUGCGACAAUAUAUCCACAGGAAAGUAUAAUAAUAAGUAGUGCAUUCAGAUUUCUAUCACCUGAACCAUGCACAGAACCAUAUAAACAUGUGCACCAGCUUGGCAAGUAUGCAUGCCUCUCAUGCACGUAUUUGGAUCUUGUGCGCAUGCUUCAGGUGAUAGAAAACUAAACGCUCUACCAGCGCUUUGAAAAGUGUAUGUAAUUAUACUUUCCUGUGGAUAUAUUGUCGCACAUUCGUACCGCCCAAAGGACCAACCACAAGGACAACCGGUAAAGUACAUUAAAAUAUAAUUGUAUUCACCAUUCUGGCUUGUAGAGGUCGUGAGAGGAAACUUUCCUUAUUGAAACACUCAUUCCUGCCCAAUGUAGAAUUAAAUGCAAUUCAACAGGUUUCCAGACAACCUGAUUGGCUGAGUCAUUUUCCUCUGAUACUGGGGGUUUAAUGGUAUGGAUACUGCCCAGGGCCUGUCCUCUGUUUGGCACACACUUUUCACCAGGCAUAUACACUACAUGGCCAAACGUAUGUGGACACCCCUUCAAAUUAGUGGAUUCGGCUAUUUCAGCCACACCCGUUGCUGACAGGUGUAUAAAACUGAGCACACCGCCAUGCAAUCUCCAUAGACAAACAUUGGCAGUAGAAUGGCCUUACUGAAGAGCUCAGCGACUUUUAACAUGGCACCAUCAUAGGUUGCCACCUUUCCAACAAGUCAGUUUGUGAAAUUUCUGCCCUGCUAGAGCUGCCCUGGUCAACUGUAAGUGCUGUUAUUGUGAAGUGGAAACGUCUAGGAGCAAGAACGGCUCAGCCGUGAAGUGGUAGGCCACACAAGCUCACAGAACGGGACUGCCGAGUGCUGAAGCGUAGCUCGUAAAAAUCGCAUGUCCUCGGUUGCACCACUAUCGAGUUCCAAACUGCUGCUGAAAGCAACAACAGCACAUUAACUGUUCGUUGGGAGCUUCAUGAAAUGGGUUUCCGUGGCCGAGCAGCCGCACACAAGCCUAAGAUCACCAUGUGCAAUGCUAAGCGUCGGAUGGAGUGGUGUAAAACUCGCCGCCAUUGGACUCUGGAGCAGUGGAAACACCUUCUCUGGAGUGAUGAAUCACGCUUCACCAUCUGGCAGUCUGACAGACGAAUCUGGGUUUGGCGGAUGCCAGGAGAAUGCUACCUGCCCGACUGCAUAGUGCCAACUGUAAAGUUUGGUGGAGGAGGAAUAAUGGUCUGGGGCUGUUUUUCAUGGUUCGGGCUAGGCCCCUUAGUUCCAGUGAAGGGAAAUCUUAACGCUAGAGCAUACAAUUACAUUUUAGAUUAUUCUGUGUUUCCAACUUUGUGGCAACAGUUUGGGGAAGGCCCUUUCCUGUUUCAGCAUGACAAUGCCCCCAUGCACAAGGUGAGGUCCGUACAGAAAUGGUUUGUCGAUCGCUGUGGAAGAACUUGACUGGCCUGCACAGAGCCCUGACCUCAACCCCAUCGAACACCUUUGGGAGGAAUUGGAACACUGACUGCGAGCCAGGCCUAAUCACCCAACAUCAGUGCCCGACCUCACUAAUGCUCUUGUGGCUGAAUGGAAGCAAGUCCCCGCAGCAAUGUUCCAACAUCUAGUGGAAAGCCUUCCCAGAAGAGUGGAGGCUGUUAUAGCAGCAAAGGGGGGACCAACUCCAUAUCAAUUACCAUGAUUCUGGAAUGAGAUGUUCGACGAGCAGGUGUCCACAUACGUUUGGCCAUGUAGUGUAUCUGUAAGCCUGUUUGAGAUUAACAUUAUACAGAAUAACAGUGUAGAAGGAAGCAUGCGGGGCAAAGCAAGAGCAUGUUAUGCAUGCAAAAGGAAUGGCAGCCUAACCUACAGAAGGUGUACUGAAUAUGAUUUAAUCUGUAAUACUAACUACAAGACUCGUUUUCGUUACACAUAGGAAUACACUGGCUUUUGUCUAAUGUGUUUUAGGAACAGGCUGGAGGAGCCCUGCAUGAAGACCCGUCUUUUAGAGUGUGUGGAGCUGCUGAAAAGGGCCAGAGCAGCCUUCCAAGCUGGCCGCGCAUUCGACGAGAGCUUCAGACAGGCCCAACUGGAAGCCCUUGUGCGCAUGCUGGUGGAACACGAGUGUGACUUUGUGGAUUCACUCGGGAGGGACCUCCAUAAGGUGGGUGUACAGAGGUUGUACUCCAGAUGGAGUACAACCUCCAUAGUUUAGUAGGAGCUAAAGAGGUUGACAAGGUGCAGACCAGUAGAUAAUAACAACAAUAUAUAUAUAUAUAUAUAUAUAUAUACAGUGCCUUUGGAAAGUAUUCAGACCCCUUGACUUAUUCCACAUUUUGUUACGUUACAGCCUUAUUCUAAAAUUGAUUAAAUCAUUUUUCCCCCUCAUCCAUCUACACACAAUACCCUAUAAUGACAAAGUGAAAACAGGUUUUUAGAAAUGUUUGCAAAUUUCUUGAAAAUAAAAAAACAUACCUUAUCUACAUAAGUAUUCAGACCCUUUGCUAUGAGACUUGAAAUUGAGCUCAGGUGCAUCCUGUUUCCAGUGAUCAUCCUUGAGAUGUUUCUACAACAUGAUUGGAGUCCACCUGUGGUAAAUUCAAUUGAUUGGACAUGAUUUGGAAAAGCACACACCGGUCUAUAAAAACCAAGCCAUGAGGUCGAAGGAAUUGUCCGUAGAGCUCCGAGACAGGAUUGUGUCGAGGCACAGAUCUGGGGAAGGGUACCAAAAAAUGUCUGCAGCAUUGAAGGUCCCCAAGAACACAGUGGCCUCCAUCAUUCUUAAAUGGAAGAAGUUUGGAACCACCAAGACUCUUCCUAGAGCUGGCCGCCCGGCCAAACUGAGCAAUCGGGGGAGAAGGGCCUUGGUCAGGGAGGUGACCAAGAACCCAAUUGUCACUCUGACAGAGCUCUAGAGUUCCUCUCUGGAGAUGGGAAAACCUUCCAGAAGGACACCAUCUCUGCAGCACUCAACCAAUCAGGCCUUUAUGGUAGAGUGGCCAGACGGAAGCCACUCCUCAGUAAAAGGCACAUGACAGCCCGCUUGGAGUUUGCCAAAAGGCACCUAAAGACUCUCAGACUAUAAGAAACAAGAUUCUCUGGUCUGAUGAAACCAAGAUUGAACUCUUUGGCCUGAAUGCCAAGCGUUACCUCUGGAGGAAACCUGGCACCAUCCCUACGGUGAAGCAUGGUGGUGGUGGCAGCAUCAUGCUGUGGGGAUGUUUUUCAGCAGCAGGGACUGGGAGACUAGUCAGGAUCGAGGCAAAGCUGAACAGAGCAAAGUACAGAGAUCCUUAAUGAAAACCUGCUCCAGAGCACUCAGGACCUCAGACUAGGGCGAAGUUUCACCUUCCAACAGGACAACAACCCUAAGCACACAGCCAAGACAACAUAGAAUUGGCUUCGGGACAAGUCUCUGAAUGUCCUUGAGUGGCCCAGCCAGAGCCCGGACUUGAACCAGAUCGAACAUCUCUGGAGAGAAAAUAGCUGUGCAGCAACGCUCCCCAUCCAACCUGACAGAGCUUGAGAGGAUCGGCAGAGAACAAUAGGAGAAACUCCCCAAAUACAGGUUGUGCCAAGCUUGUAGAGUCAUACCCAAGAAGAAUCAAGGCUGUAAUCGCUGCCAAAGGUGCUUCAACAAAGUACUGAGUAAAGGGUUUGAAUACUUAUGUAAAUGUGUAUAUAUGUGUGUGUGUAUAUAUAUAUAUAUACACUGCUCAAAAAAAUAAAGGGAACACUUAAACAACACAAUGUAACUCCAAGUCAAUCACACUUCUGUGAAAUCAAACUGUCCACUGAGGAAGCAACACUGAUUGACAAUACAUUUCACAUGCUGUUGUGCAAAUGGAAUAGACAACAGGUGGACAUUAUAGGCAAUUAGCAAGACACCCCCAAUAAAGGACUGGUUUUGCAGGUGGUGACCACAGACCACUUCUCAGUUCCUUUGCUUCCUGGCUGAUGUUUUGGUCACUUUUGAAUGCUGGCGGUGCUUUCACUCUAGUGGUAGCAUGAGACGGAGUCUACAACCCACACAAGUGGCUCAGGUAGUGCAGCUCAUCCAGAAUGGCACAUCAAUGCGAGCUGUGGCAAGAAGGUUUGCUGUGUCUGUCAGCGUAGUGUCCAGAGCAUGGAGGCGUUACCAGGAGACAGGCCAGUACAUCAGGAGACGUGGAGGAGGCCGUAGGAUGGCAACAACCCAGAAGCAGGACUGCUACCUCCGCCUUUGUGCAAGGAGGAGCAGGAGGAGCACUGCCAGAGCCCUGCAAAAUGACCUCCAGCAGGCCACAAAUGUGCAUGUCUGCUCAAACGGUCUGAAACAGACUCCAUGAGGGUGGUAUGAGGGCCUGACGUCCACAGGUGGGGGUUGUACUUACAGCCCAACACCGUGCAGGACGUUUGGCAUUUGCCAGAGAACACCAAGAUUGGCAAAUUCGCCACUGGCGCCCUGUGCUCUUCACAGAUGAAAGCAGGUUCACACUGAGCACAUGUGACAGACGUGACAGAGUCUGGAGACGCCAUGGAGAACGUUCUGCUGCCUGCAACAUCCUCCAGCAUGACCGGUUUGGCGGUGGGUCAGUCAUGGUGUGGGGUGGCAUUUCUUUGGGGGGCCGCACAGCCCUCCAUGUGCUCGCCAGAGGUAGCCUGACUGCCAUUAGGUACCGAGAUGAGAUCCUCAGACCCCUUGUGAGACCAUAUGCUGGUGCGGUUGGCCCUGGGUUCCUCCUAAUGCAAGACAAUGCUAGACCUCAUGUGGCUGGAGUGUGUCAGCAGUUCCUGCAAGAGGAAGGCAUUGAUGCUAUGGACUGGCCCGCCCGUUCCCCAGACCUGAAUCCAAUUGAGCACAUCUGGGACAUCAUGUCUCGCUCCAUCCACCAACGCCACGUUGCACCACAGACUGUCCAGGAGUUGGCGGAUGCUUUAGUCCAGGUCUGGGAGGAGAUUCCUCAGGAGACCAUCCGCCACCUCAUCAGGAGCAUGCCCAGGCGUUGUAGGGAGGUCAUACAGGCACGUGGAGGCCAAACACACUACUGAGCCUCAUUUUGACUUGUUUUAAGGACAUUACAUCAAAGUUGGAUCAGCCUGUAGUGUGGUUUUCCACUUUAAUUUUGAGGGUGACUCCAAAUCCAGACCUCCAUGGGUUGAUACAUUUGAUUUCCAUUGAUAAUUUUUGUGUGAUUUUGUUGUCAGCACAUUCAACUAUGUAAAGAAAAAAGUAUUUCAUAAGAUUAUUUCAUUCAUUCAGAUCUAGGAUGUGUUAUUUUAGUGUUCCCUUUAUUUUUUUGAGCAGUGUGUAUAUAUAUAUAUAUAUAUAUAUAUAUAUAUACAGGUAAAAGUCAGUAAAUUAGAAUAUUUUGAAAAACUUGAUUUAUUUCAGUAAUUGCAUUCAAAAGGUGUAACUUGUACAUUAUAUUUAUUCAUUGCACACAGACUGAUGCAUUCAAAUGUUUAUUUCAUUUAAUUUUGAUGAUUUGAAGUGGCAACAAAUGAAAAUCCAAAAUUCCGUGUGUCACAAAAUUAGAAUAUUACUUAAGGCUAAUACAAAAAAGGGAUUUUUUAGAAAUGUUGGCCAACUGAAAAGUAUGAAAAUGAAAAAUAUGAGCAUGUACAAUACUCAAUACUUGGUUGGAGCUCCUUUUGCCUCAAUUACUGCAUUAAUGCGGCGUGGCAUGGAGUCGAUGAGUUUCUGGCACUGCUCAGGUGUUAUGAGAGCCCAGGUUGCUCUGAUAGUGGCCUUCAACUCUUCUGCGUUGUUGGGUCUGGCAUUCUGCAUCUUCCUUUUCACAAUACCCCACAGAUUUUCUAUGGGGCUAAGGUCAGGGGAGUUGGCUGGCCAAUUUAGAACAGAAAUACCAUGGUCCGUAAACCAGGCACGGGUAGAUUUUGCGCUGUGUGCAGGCGCCAAGUCCUGUUGGAACCUGAAAUCUCCAUCUCCAUAGAGCAGGUCAGCAGCAGGAAGCAUGAAGUGCUCUAAAACUUGCUGGUAGACGGCUGCGUUGACCCUUGAUCUCAGGAAACAGAGUGGACCGACACCAGCAGAUGACAUGGCACCCCAAACCAUCACUGAUGGUGGAAACUUUACACUAGACUUCAGGCAACGUGGAUCCUGUGCCUCUCCUGUCUUCCUCCAGACUCUGGGACCUCGAUUUCCAAAGGAAAUGCAAAAUUUGCUUUCGUCAGAAAACAUGACUUUAGACCACUCAGCAGCAGUCCAGCUCUUUUUUUCCUUAGCCCAGGUGAGACGCUUUUCGCGCUGUUUCUUGGUCAACAGUGGCUUGACACGAGGUAUGCGGCAGUUGAAACCCAUGUCUUUCAAGCGUCUCUUGGUGGUGGAUCUUGAAGCCCUGACUCCAGCAGCUGUCCACUCCUUGUGAAUCUCCCCCACAUUUUUGAAUGGGUUUUUUUUCACAAUCUUGACUAGGGCGCGGUGAUCCCUAUCGCUUGUACACUUUUUCUGACCACAGUUUUUCCUUCCCUUUGCCUCUCUAUUAAUGUGUUUGGACACAGAGCUCUGAGAACAGCCAGCCUCUUCUGCAAUAACCUUUUGUGUCUUUCCCUCCUUGUGCAAUGUGUCGAUGGUCGCCUUUUGGACAGCUGUCAAAUCUGAAGUCUUCCCCAUGUUUGUGUAGGCUUCAGAACUGGACUGAGAGACCAUUUAAAGCCCUUUGCAGGUGUUUUGAGUUAAUCAGCUGAUUAUUUUGUGGCACCAGGUGUCUUCAAAAAUAUAUAUAUAUAUAUAUAUAUAUAUAUAUAUACCUCACCUUUAUUACUCCCAGUGAUUUUUUUUAGGGAAUCAACAUUCCUGAAGAAGGCAGACAUUGGUUCUCCAAUAAAUCACUGUGUGCCAUUUUAUGUUCAUCUUCAAGGUAAUCAGUAGUGUAAAGAUACCGGGUAGCAUCAGGACCUUAUAGGUUCAAACGUUCUGUCUGAAACCUGAGCGUUUGUGGUGUUUUGCCAGCCGCGGUUUGAGACUGUGGUGUCUGAACUGACACUGGUGAAGAGUGAGGCUCUUCAUGCCAUCAACAACCUCAAGAAGUGGAUGGAGCCGCAACGUGUGGAGAGGAACCUGGUAAGACUGGUACAGGGUGCCUGUGUGUGCGUUUUCUGAAUACUGGAUCGUGUUCAGUUGGGAGAAACGUUUUGAAAUGGAGUGAAAUGGGGAGGUACUACUACCUGAAUUUGUCCAGUAAGAACACCAGGUUUUUUUUUCUGUUGCAAAACCUUUUGCUAUGUAUACCCUACUGAACACGACCAGGUGUGGAGGGUGGGUUAGUUGGACUUUGUAGUAAUACACAAGUUUUAAAGGCACUAAAAAUAUCAUUGUUUGGAUUAUCAAUUAGUUAAAUGAUCUUUGAGAGAACAUGUGCUGUCUCUCAGCUACAAAGCAAUGUAUUGUGUUGAAUCCGCCAAAACCGCUUAGAAUAGUCUGGGUGCCAGUCUGUUUCUGCUCUAUUGCCAACUUCUUAUGGAAUUGUCAUGCCAAACAGUGACUGUAUGCACGUUUCACCUGUGACUCAUGAGUUUUUCCGUUGGCUGGGUAAUGUGAGCUCCUCCCCUCUGCCUUCUUCUGAUUGGUGCAGACCACCACGCUGGACGAGUGCCUGGUGGUGUGUGAGCCACUGGGGGUGGUGCUGAUUGUGGGGGCCUGGUGUAGCCCUGUUCAGCUCUGUCUGGUACCCCUUGUUGGGGCCAUUGCCGCAGGUAACAAUACACAAAGUGUCACACACUCAAACGCAAUGCUCCUCCAUUUGCAUUCAAUACUGAAUGUUGCUUGCCAAUCGUUGUACUGUUGUGUUGUGUAUCUGUUUGUUUUUUAGGGAACUGUGUGAUCCUCAACCCCUCAGAAUGUAGUUCUCACACAUCAGAGCUGCUACACCACCUCAUACCGUCAUACCUGGACAAUGUGAGUUGAACUUAAUGUUACACAGGUAGCUGUUUUGGUAACCUGUCAUAUACACGAGUAUACCUUUUAACCUACAAACAUUCCUGCUCUUUUUCAAAGGAGUGUUACCAUGUGACCCUUGCAGGAGUGAAUGACCUGACUGAAAUAGUGGACCUCACAUUUGAUCAUGUUUUCUUCACCGGUAAAAAAUGGGUCAGAUUAAAAAUGUCACCAUCAUCUUAUCUGAAUUUUGCUUCCUAAUCUUUGUUGUAUCAGAAGCAGUGUGUGCUCUGUGUGUGAGGUAAUAAUGGUUCCCCUAGGAAACCGUGAGGAUGGGGGCAGAGUGGCACAGGCAGCAGCCCGCACGCUCACACCCGUCACCCUGGUCUUGGGCGGUGGUAAGAACCCCUGCUACGUGGAUCAGCAGUGUGACAUCCCCACUACGGCACGCCGCAUCACCUGGGCGCGCUUCCAUAAUGCCGGGCAGAGUAUGGUAGCCCCCGACUACGUCCUGUGCCAUGCCGAGGCCAAAACACAGCUGCUCCAGGCCCUGCGCUGCUGCCUCCUACAGUUCUAUGGUUCAGACCCCCAGGAGUCCAGGAGCUUUGGCCGCAUGGUGAACCUGGAGAACUUACACCGCACCACGGACCCGCUGCGGAGGUCUGGCAAAGUGGCUGUAGGAGGCCAAGUGAAUGAAGCAGAGAAAUACAUUGGUAAAUGAAUGAGGAAGGUGGAAUCUCUUCAAAAUUAAGGCCUGGUUUCCCUGACAAAGAUUAAGCAUAGUCCUGUGAAAAUAGCAUGCUCAACAGAGAAUCUCCAUUGAAAGUGCUUUUUAGUCCAGGAUUAGGCUUAAUUGGUGUCCAGGAAACUAUUCCUACAGGUAUAUGCACCUGAUUUAUAGUCUGUGCUGUACCACAGUAGUUGUACAUAUUUAAAAUUUUUAAAUAUUUGUCUGUGUGAAGCACCAACCAUUCUGACAGAUGUGAUCGACUCGGACCCUAUCAUGCAGCAGGAGGUUUUCGGCCCAGUUCUGCCCAUUCUGACCGUCAACAGCGUAGAUGAGGCAAUCUCCUUCAUCUGUCGGCGAGAGAAGCCUCUCUGUGUGUACGCUUACUCUAGCAACAGCAAGGUGACUGGCACAAGCUUACACACAAUUAUACACAUACAAUAUACGCUGGCUGUCAUGCCUCUUUCUGCUUCCCCUGCAGGUAAUCUCAAGGCUAAUGAGUGAGACCUCAAGUGGGAGCUUCUGCUCCAAUGACAGUGUCCUGCAGAGCCUGAUGGUGGUCCUGCCUUUUGGGGGAGUAGGUAGGUUCGAGAAUGGUCUGCCUGGGUCAGAUUAAUGCCUCAGGUCUUCAUCCCUUCUCAGUACAGAGACCUGGGGUCAUGUUCAGUAGGACAUACUGUAAUCAAAUGUUUUGCAGCAGAAAUCUGUUCUUGUUGGACAUAUACACUGAGUAUAAAAAACAUGAAUGCUCUUGCCAUCCCUUAUUGAUAUCACUUGUUAAAUCCACUUCAAUCAGUGUAGAUGAAGGGGAGGAGACAGGUUAAAGAAGGAUUUUUAAGAAUUGAGACAUGGAUUGUGUAUGUGUGCCAUUCAGAGGGUGAAUGGGCAAGACAAAAUGUAACAGGGUAUGGUAGUACAUGCCAGUCGUACCGGUUUGUGUCAAGAACUGAAUCUCAAUUUUCAACCAAAAAAAUCUCCCUACUGAACACAACCAUGGACUUGUGAUCUCUCUCUUCCAUAAUAAGGUCUGACAGGCAGCACCAUAGUGAAUGAAUAAAUAUAUUUUUACUCUACCCGUCAGGUGCCAGUGGGAUGGGUUCCUACCAUGGGCGCUACAGCUUUGACACCUUCUCGCACAGGAAAUCAUGCCUGCUCAGAAGCACGUGCAUCGAGUGUGUCACCUACCUGCGCUACCCACCAUAUGAGGAACACAAUCUGUCACUUAUGACCUGGGCCAGUAGCCUUUCCCAGAAGAGCCAGGGCUGGUGCCAGAUACUGUGACCGUGUGCAAGUUUUACAACACUGAGCCGGGCUGAGCUGUACUGUGCUGGCUUGAUUACACAUCCACCAUAGUUGUUGAAACCAUGCUGUAAAGCCCAUUGUGAAAAGAGGAUAUCUGAACCUACAGUACGUUCUGAGGACCAGUUGUGAUAGGUCUCCAAUAUGACAAUAUAUUCAGCACUUUACAUUUGAGAUGUAGAACAUGAUGCUAAUGCAGUCACGGUGAUCAUCAAGUUUAUUUACUGCAGCAUGGCAUGAUAGCCCAUCAGUAGAAAUACUAUGUAUAUGUGAUAUUAAGAUAUUCAUUCAGUGCUCUCUGAAAUACUUGAUAAAGAAGCUUCUAGUUGUGAUCCAACCUGUGACAUUUAAAUACAGCGAUGUACAUUGUGUGCUUCAAACACAAUACAGGAUUGUAACAUACGCGCUUCUUUAUAGAAUUCAAUUUAUUUUUUUCUGUAUUAUCCUGGUGUCACAUUACCACAGGUUGUUGUAGCAGCUUUUCCACAUUUUAUCAAAAGCAAAUCAGUACGUUAAGGUUUCGCCUCUAGUCCAACUUGGAUUCAAGUCUUUAUUUGGAAUGUUCCAUUACGAGAUAUUCAAACUUCAAUCAUCAAUCUGUCUUUCACAUAAACCAAUGCCAAUGACGAAUUCAACCUUGAAACAGAAUAAAUGUUGUUUCACAAAAGGUCCCCAGUCUGUUCAUUCAUGUGUAGAUGUGUGUCACUCAGGUCUUUUGUAGAUUGUCUCCUUGUUACCUUCUUUCAUGGCUGUGUACCUGGCCACUGUAAACAGGUAGUCGCUCAAUCUGUGGGCAGACGUGAGGUGAAUGUUGAUCAGCUAGAGCACACCACUUUCUAAAACACAUGAUGAUGCAUCUGCACAUUUAUACCAGGAACAUACCUGUUCAAAAAUGUGGCAACAUCAGGAUCGGCCUCACCUGACCGCACUAUAGGGGAAACGCUGAACAAAUAA